AUGGGAUCGAGUGUUGCAAGUAGUGGUGAAUGGAAUGCAAGAGAGACAUUCGACUUUUCUGUUGAGAUACUGUUUUCAAGCGGUUACUCUUGGGCUAUCUACUUCUACCCAGACGGCAAGAGUCCGAAGGAUAACGCGUCUUACGUCUCUCUGUUCAUUGCCCUCGCGAACGAGGGAACCGAUGUGAGGGCUUUAUUCGAGCUCACGCUUGUGGAUCAGAGUGGUAAUGGGAAGCACAAGGUUCAUAGCCAUUUCGAAAGAGCACUCGAGAAAGGACCCUAUACUCUCAAGUAUCGUGGAAGUGUGUGGGGUUACAAGCGGUUUUUCAGGAGGUCUGGUUUAGAGUCAUCAGACUAUCUCAAGGACAAUAGUCUCUUGGUUCGUUGCUGUGUCGCUGUGAUGCAAACAGAUGGGUUUGAUUAUCUGAAAAAAAGUUGUCCAUCUCUACUAACUGAGCUAUUGGAGUAUGUAGCAAGGCGUAGUGAACACUCUGUUAUUGCAUUAGGGCAUCGAAAAGAGGUAUUUGCUGAUGGGUGUGAUGCUAAUGGAAGACGAGUGAAGCAACGGUUGCAUUGA